AUGGAGGUGGAAACAGACGCCAGGCAGAAUGAGAAGUUGCAAAGUAUUUUGCGGGACAUGGGGGAUAGUCCACAUAUUAUUUACUACACAAAGGAGUCCUUACGCAUCCAUCGCCAUGGCAGGCUGAAGAAGGUGUUCCUCGUCGCAACACCCUAUUAUGUCUACUUAGUCAAGGCAAAGGGGAUUUCGUUUUACGCCAGGUGGCAGAAUAAGCUGCUGACGGUCAGCUCUACUAAAAAUAUCAUUUCCAUUGGAGCACCUGAGUCGUCGCAGGUGCGGCAGCUGCAGAACGCUAGCCAAGCUGUACCCGACGCAGUAGACAGCGAGGACUCGGGGUUUACGAUGGUAAAACUGGAGUGCGCCUCCGUGUUGGAAGCGACAACUACGGAGCGGUGCCUUCAAAAGCUUGCCGCGAGCGCGCGACUGCGCACAGAACAGUUGGAAAAUGACGAAAGUUAUCCUGCACAGAAUGCAACGCAGGAAACGAAAGACGCGGAGGAUGAAUGGAGUGGUGCCGACAGUGAAGGUAGCGAAGAUGACGCUGGCCCCUUAUGGGGACAACAACAAGUCCUCCUGCAGCGGCCGAGGGAAGGGGAAUCGAGCAGCCUGUUUCAAAAGGCUCCAUCAAGGUACCUUGCUGUGGCAUCUCUGGUGGAUGGAGAGUUUACAGAUUACACCGCAUUAAAGAAUGCAUAUCUUCGCAACGAGGAGGACAUCUUGCAGGAGGACCUCGCUGCCUUUGUAAAAGAGAAUGAGGGACAGGUGGAGAAGCUGUGCGAGACUCAUUAUCCGGCCUUCCUCCAUGCCGCACGGCAGUGCUUUUCCAUUUCUGAGCAAGACGCCGAGCUGGUGGGGCAGGAACUCAGUGGCGCCACCACACUCGCCCGUUCCUCGGUGAUGGAGAUGAAACGGUCGGCCGCUGACCUUAAUUUGUCGCGUUGUGUCAAGCAAAACGUUGCACAGGUUGUGUCCAUACUGCGCAGCACAAUGGAGUUGGCAGAGAUGCUGGAGACUGUGGAAAUGCGGGUACAGAAACAGCAGCUGCUGGGGGCCGUGGUGUCCUUGAAGCAGCUUAUGCGGGUGGCAGCGCCAUUCGCAGAAUACGCGCUCGGUGAGUAUGUGAUUCAUCACCGGGUGCCACAGCUAUCGCAGGACAUUUUUACGGCCGCCGUACAUGACUUUAAUGCAUGGCUAAAGUUGCUGCGAGACUCCUCGCUGCCUAUUGGCGCCGCCGCCCUAAAAUGGGAGGGAACUGUGAAAACAGGAUCCAUCGAGAAGAAAUUACGAAUUUCGGAAGAGGGCGAGUGGUGGGUGGAAAUGAGUUACGUGAGAGCCUGCAUCAGGCGUGCCCCCUUCACAGAGUCAUCUAGUAUUUCAAAUAUUAUAUAUGGAGCUUCACUACAAGAGGUGUUUGAGGAGCUUUGUCAUGGGACAUACUACCGCAAUUAUUACGCCGAAAGUCGUAUGCAGCAAGCAAAACUAGACCUUUAUGAGGUGCCUGUCUCCUCUGAGGCGCUUAGUGGGGAUGCUCUUGUGGCAGAAUUGGAAAGAUACUGUGCGACGGCGCUGGGAUUUGUACUGAUUGAAGACAUUGUGCACAACAUUACGGAGCCGCAUGUACGGUCAACGACAGAGAUAAUCUGCAUGUGGGAAAAGCUGUCGCAGGCUAUGGCGGAUCGAGCGCGACACAUAUCCACGCUACUUGUUAGCGACCCCAACUAUACAGCAAGGAUGAUGGAUGUUUUUUGUCUCUUGCGCAGUUUUAUCAGCAUUGUUGUGGACUGCGUCAAGAGUGUGCGACUGAGCCCUCUGAUUUUGUCACUCGUUGUGGAGUCUAUGAGUGACAGCAUCAUUAGCUCUUGGUUGCAGGAGGCCUGUGUGGAGGCAACUCAGGGCGUCCUCACAGAGACGCUUUUGCCAUUGACUGCGACGACUCUCGGCGAGUAUCAUGAGUACGUGACACGGUUUUACUUGGAUCGUUGUAAAUCCAUUGAACUUCCACUACCCUCAGCUGGGUUUACUUCAGGAAGUGUGACGCUGCCCUACGCCCUCAUGGUUCCUGUGAUUGGUGACAUAGCAUUACGUUUUCUUUCACAGUGCCACUCCAUUCUGGUGAUGGAUGAGAGCGCUGUGGUGCGUCAGUCCGAGCUCAAUAACGUGGAUGAAAUGCUUCUCAAGUACCUCUCUGUGCUGUUUAGAACCGUGGCAGAACUUCUGCAUAGCCAUCUGGCCACCGUUGCUGAGCGUGCUGUGAUGCAGCUUGCGGUGUUUGUCACUUCGUGUGCAACGAUGAGUGUUAUUGUCUCGUGCGUGGAGCAGCAGUUUGUACUUGCGUGGCACUUUGACUAUGACGAGGGCAAACGAGAGACACUUGGCGCGCCGCGGCUGCUAGCCAGUUCAGCGACACUUUUUGAGAAGGCCGUGCAGAAGGGCAUUGAACGUCUUCUCACCGCGUUCAUUGCAGAGACGGAGGAUCGUCUGCGGCCCGUUGCGGAACUGGAUUACUGGAAGGGACUUGUUGAGGUUCGGCGUGCUGCGACGCCGGCAACGGCGACAAGGGCAAACAGCAAGGACGACGAUGAGAAGGGCCUUCUGGAAGCGAUGGAGUAUGUUAUUUCCAUGAUCCCGAAGCUAACGGCGGUGCUUCAGGUGUCCGUGGUGCGUAGUGUGUUGGGCACUGUCGUUGCCCAUGCAGCCAUCACGACGCAGACAAAUCUGGAGAGCGCAAUUCAUGGCGGAUGCCGUGAUGGCACCACCAGCGAUUUUGCCGCUCUGCGUGACUGCGUGCGGGAGUUUGAAUUGAUGUGCGCAAUACAAAUCCCUCUGUGGCAGAAGCGUAUUGGUGCCGCCAUUAGCAGUGUGCCCGCGGCACAGCGGUUUCCGUUGCAGUCCAAACAUAUUGCCGACGAGCUACUGUUGUGGAUCGGGCGCAAGGAGGCGGCGGAGCGGGCAAAAACCAAUCAGGUUCUUGCAGGCAUCGAGGGGGCCGGCAAAUUUGUGGCGAAAGGAGUAGGGAAGGGAAUUUACACUGUUGGUCAGACCGUGAAGGGUGGCGCAAGCGCAAUUACAGGGGCCGCGAGCGCUCGUGCAGGUAAACGUGAACAUCAGUCUGCUCUCUUCUGA